AUGGCGCUGUGGGGCUCGAGCUCGGGAGGACCAGUCGAGCAGAUUGCCAGUGAUCACGUCGGCGCAAAGUUCCCAAACCUCUCUUCGCCUAGAAGGAGAUUCUUUGGCGGUGGAGGACUCUCGCCUUCUUCCCCCCUCGCAUCCUCGUCGCCCACCUUUGCGCCAUCGACAGAUGACAGCAAUGCAGUCUCACCCAUACUACUAGGCGCUCCUGGAGGCUUCCCGUCCACGGGCAGCGUACCGUUGUCACAGACUACCCUACACAACGUCCCAGAGCUAAAGAUGAGCGGCAAACCCCUGCCCAAGCUUACCCCUCGCAAAGCUCCGCCCACACUGGGGGUGGAAGGAGUAAAUGGGGCAAUACGCGAUGCUCCAUUGUCCACCUCCCUCAUCAAUCAACAGUCGCAGUCCUCGCGGUCUCCGAACCUCUCCCAGCAGCACGACCCAUCGAUAGGAUCAUCCUCUUCUGUAGUACGCCCACCGCCCAGCUCCACGAAUCCGGUCUCAUCCUCUCCUCUUGAGCAAGAGAAUGAGGAGCCUUUUGCCCCACCUAGCGUGCCUGUUAAGCCCUACCCACCUCGUCUCACGCUACGGCCAAGAGGACCCUCCUCUUCCAGGGGCGACGGGCAGGGCCUUGGCUUGACCGAAGCAUCGCAUCCCCUCAGCCCCUUCAGUUUCUCCUUCGAUGCCGCAGAUGCCACUUCCACCUCGCUCUCAUCGGCCACUUCUUCUUCUCCGGCCCGAGGCAAGCCAGGCUCUGCAAAGAAGAAGCCCACAGCUGCUCCCUCCUCAAAUCCCUCCACGGACUUCACACUCUCGGAUCCUCAAUUCUUCCCACGGAAAUAUCACAAGAAUCAAAAGUCGGGUGCAUCCUCUCGACCUGAAAGUCAGUACUCCACGUAUACUGCCUCGUCCGCAAAGGAUGCCAUGAUUCGUACAGCUAGCAGGGAGAAGUUGCAGAAGGGUAGCGCCAAGCUCAGAGAAAGACUGGCACGUGGGGCAUCUCAUGACGAAGAGCAUGACGGUCAAGAUGGGUGGGAGGAAGGAGAGGGGAUGAGCCACAACGGAGGUUCCUCUUCCGGGUCAGAGUACGACCCAGAUGAGUAUGGCGAUCAAGGGCCCGGGAACUCUCCGUCUAGCCACCGUUCGGCUCGGAAUGGGCAAGCCGCCCAGCUCCCUCUACCAAGACGGACGGGCUCGUCUACAGCCGGCGGAGUGACACAAUCUUUAUCGCCCACGUCACCCCUGCGAAACAAAGGAGCGAGCGCACACGAUUCGCCUUCUCGGAGGCUGCCUCCCAAUCGCGACCCCUCGACCUCUGGUAUGGCACGCUCCGCAACGGCUUCCCAUGGAUUCGGACAUAAGAAUCGGUUAUCAGGGUCCAGCAAAGCCAACUCGGUCCUGUCGAUACGGAUACCUGCUCAACGCCCUCCCCUUGCACGGACAAUAUCGGGCGCUCACUCUGUUGCUGGUCGGCGUUCGCUCUCUACCUCCAAUUCUGUCUUCACGGUGGAGGAUCUACCUGUGCCGGAGACCUACCUGCCAGGCCAAUGGGCAGAGAGCCCUUCACCAUACAGCAGGAAUGAGCCGCCCUACGAGGGCGACGUGAGAGAUCGGGACCAAGAGGAGGAUGCCAACCUUAUGAAGCUGGCAGCGUUCUCAUUUCCCCAUGCUGCCCUCGAAUCUUCGACCCUGGACGACUCAUUACAGUCGUACCAGUCCUCGGCCGGAAUCGCUUCGACGUCAUCGACGUCAGGAAUGACGGGCCAGUCGUCUCGUAGGUUGAGGUGGAAAGAGGCAAUCGCGUACGCUCAGCAGAAGGAGAGGGAGGCAGCAUCUACUAACAGUGCAUCCCACUCCAAGGUGAUCUCCGUCACCGAGGUAGCAGACGAUGGCUUGGGACUGCCGAGUCCAAACUAUCUCACUAGAGAGGGAAGUCAGUCGAGGGCCUCAGUAGCUUCUCGUCAGCGCAGUGUGGUAGGCGGACAUUCCAAUCAGGCGUCCAUCGAUCGCAUCCUUACCACCCUCCAGGCCUCUGCACCGGCCGCCGCUUCGGUGCCGUUCAGCAAAGACUCUUUCCUUUCGAAUCUCCUCUCUUCGCAAGCAACAGCAGAGGUCUCUGCCACCUUCCCCUCGCAGUCGGUCUUUGAGUCAGUCGAAGACUUUGAAAGUGCGAAGAAGGAGCUGGCGCGUUUGCAGAAUCGACUCGUCGACAAGAAGAAUAAAUUGAGGACGAUGAGGCGGUUGCGAGGUGCUAGAGGCAAGCUUGUGAAAGCAGCUUCGUCCGAGCGAGGGGGUGGACCCUUGUCCACCUCUGGUAGUCAAGAGUCGGGUCUGAUCAUUCCAGGGCGGGCCAGAUCCAACACCAUCAGCCCAGUAGCAGCAACAAGUGCUUCCCAAGGCCUUUCAGCCGCCUCUCUAGCCGGUGGACUCUACCCUCUCGUACCCCCAACCCCACGCUUUAGCCACGCGCACAAUCUCUCCCACUCAUCAAACAACUCUGCAACGUCCAUCCAACCCUAUUCUCUCUCGGCCGUAGGCACCAGCAAUGAGGCUCUGGAUGCCGCGACGGCCCAGGUGGAUCAGAUUAUGGAGGAGGUCCUGUCGCUGCAGGAGCGUGUGGGGGCGCUUAAGAGUCGCAUUAGGGAACAUAUUGCGAUUGUGCUACUGAAGAGGUGUGAGGAGUUGGAGAGAGGUGGGAGGAUGAGAGAGGUCGUCUUUUUGAGGGAAGAUCAGAGAGGAGAACUCGCUGAGGGGGAUGAUGAGCGGUAUGCCUCUGACGAGGAAGGACUGGGAGAGGAGGACGGGCGGGGACUUAGUCACAAGCAGACCGACCUGCGCUACCAAGGUCCACUCCUCGACGACAAGGAGCUCUUUGCGCUCCGUUCACAGGUCGAAGAGCUGUCUGCAGUCAAGGAGCGCGAGGCUCACGCCUUGCAAGAGAUCCAGAUUCUGCGCAGCCAACUCGAUGUCUUCGCAUCCCAAUCCGAAGAGCUCACCUCGGUCCGGGAAAGGGAAGCUCGCUCACUGCAAGAAGUGGAGCGUCUGCGAAGUGAUCUAGUUCUCAUCAAGUCCGCGCCCAGAUCCGAAGGUCCGUCCUCGAUGCAGACGAAGGAUGCUAGCGAUUCGCUCCAGAGGGAGAUGGAGGAGCUGCGCGCCCAGCUGGACCUGACGAAGUUGGAGUACGAGGAGCGCUGCGCGGGUCAGGAUUCCAACCUGAAGCGGGUCAGAGACGAGCUUACCUCUGCUCAGGGUACAGCCGCUGCAGCUGAGGAGAAAAUGAGGGAAGCGCAGAUGCACCAUACUGAGUUGGACGGGCAGCACCAGACGCUCCGCAUGCAGCAUGCGGAUCUGGUGAGCCGUCACGAGCAUCUCGAGAGCCAGCAAAAGGACAUGAUCUCCGCACGCGAAGUCGGACAGAACGAAAGCGCUGAGAGGUCUGCAGCUGAUAAGAAGAGAGACGCAGAAUAUCAGCAGCGCGAGCAGGAUCUAGUGUCUCGUCAUGCAGCUGCUCUCUCCGAGGUGCGGCAAGCUCUCGAGCAUCAUCAGGCAGAGGCGCAAGCAGCACGAGGAGAGCUCUCGGCUACACAGUCGCGAGCGGAAGCAUAUGACUCUGAGCUAGCUAGCGCUCGUGCCAAGAUUGCGCAACUCGAGGAGGAUGUCAGAGCUCGUGAUUCAUCUGCUGAGCAAGAUAUGCAGAAGCUGAGAGCCGAGCUGGACAAGGCUAGAUCAGACGCCGAGGCUAUGCAGGCGGAGAUCGCUAGCCUUCACUUCGAGCUCGACUCCUCGAAGAGGACGCAGAUCGACUUGUCGACACGAGUGUCUACCCUACAAGGCGAGGUAGACGGCCAUAACGCCAGGUCUGCCUCUCAAGAACAAGCAGUCCGCGAUGCCGUUGCCCAGCACGACUCGCUCGAGCUGGCGGUCACUGCCGAGCGGCGGAUCAUGGCCGAGCGCGAUGCUCUCUUCCAUGCCUUUGAAGCGCGCCUGGAACGUGCAGAAGCCGUGCUCCGAGAACAGGACAAGAGAUGUGCGGCCCUUUUGGGUAAAGCCGAGGGUAGGGAAGAGCUAGACGACUUCUUGGCCAAGAUUCGAGGCGGAGGCAUCAAGAAGGCCGACAAGACUGCCGGACAGGAUAUUGAUGCUCUCCUCGAGUCUCUGGGAGUGCACGUAGAGGAUCUGGCUGAUGAGCUCGAUCGGCGCGGGAGGGGACGAUCUGGCAGUAUGUUCAGUCUCUCGAACACUGAAGACCUCAUGGGUAGGCCACGCUCCGUUGGCCAAGGUGCUGGUGGUACAAGUCCUCGAGACGAUGAGCAAGCUGCUGCGGCAAUUGCGGAGCUGGAGGACAAAUUGGAAGAGUCGCAGUACGAGGUCAUUCAGCUGCGUGGAGAGCUGCAGUCCAGCCGUAUUCAGCUCGAGGCGAUGAGCAACUCGAUCAAAAUUCCGCAGGAAGACGAUGCUGCAGAGCGCGAGAAGGACUCCCGACUGGUAGAGCUGCAGAGGGAGCUUGGUAAUUUGCGGGACGAAUUAGCGAGGGUCAAGAGCGAAGCAGCGGCAGCGGCAGCGGUGGAGAUCAAGCGGGCUAAGUCUCCGGUUGGGACCGAGAGCGGGGAGGACGAGCAUUCCUCCUUGGUCAAGGUCGCCGGCUCAGACCACGAAGGGGAUGGCGCCAAGACUUUGCCAAAGCACCAGACUUGGGGUCCUGCGCCACCGGCUGGACUCAUCCGAGAUCUCUUUGCCGCGUUGCAAGACGUUCUACCCGCCUCUUUGGACGCUACUGUGGCCAAGGGGAAUGAUAUGAAGGCUCUUCAAAAUGCCCUCGAGGCACCGACGACGCCUCAAUCCAAGACUGUGGUCUCACCGAGCAGAACCCUGCACCGCACAAGAGCCCCGCUCGAGAAGAAUACUUCCCCAGCCAGCCCAAUGACGCGACCUGGCUUCGGCGCAACCAAAGGUGGCAGCGUACGUGAUCUGGUGCGGAACUUUUCAGGGGGAACAGGCCCGAUGACCCCUCCUGCCAUCACCCCUUCCGCAUCGGCCAAGAGCUUCAAUAGCGGGACGACUGCAUCUCCCUCGUCUACUUCCGGUGUGGCAGCAGACGAUGCAAGCCUGAGCAUCAUCGUUGAUCGAGCUCGCUUGACGUUGAUGGCGGCUAAGGUCGCGACGCAGAAGGCGAUUUCGACCGAAGUCACAAGGGAGGAGUUGCAGGUUCAGCUGGACCAGGCUCGCAAUAAGAGUGAGGAGUACCGGCAGGCAAUCGAGCAGCUCAAAUCGCGCUCUGUGCAAGAUCAAUCGAGAGGGGAGAUAGUAGCUCUAACUACCUUGGCUCCUCCUGGGGACACUUCUUCUCCGCAGGUCAGCACCACGUCCUGCAGAGGAGGAGGAGCGGACCCUCUCCCUCAUCUACGCACCUCGGGUCUGAAGCUCGAGCCUCUACCCUCUCGAAGCGUCGAUAGCGUCCUGGACCCGUUUAAUGACAGCAGCACAGCCAGCUUCCCUAGUGCCACGAGCGGCAACGGUAGUGGCAGUGGAGCCUCGACGCCCUUUGGAGCAGCCCUCUCCACGGCUCCUUCUUCGGCCACUAGGCGCACAAGCAGUACAGUGGCGCGGAGCAGACUCAAACCUCUCAAUUCGGCUGCCUUCCUGAGCAACAGCAAUACAGGUGCUGGGAUGGGGUAUGCUGCUAGAGAUUCGUCACAGCCGGGCUCGAGCGUGACCAGUCCAACACGCUCCUUCAAGCCCCUACCCACUACCCCUGGCGAAGGGCCUAUGCCAACUACGCCUACAUUUGGCUUCGGUCUCGGGCUGGGCUAUCCGUCUUCUGCGCCGAGUGAUCCAACGCAAAUGCGUCGUAGCGUCUCGGCGCGUCCUGCCGUGUCCGGCCCGGGCUCGCAAUACAGCAGUCGAAGCUUCGACAAGCCCUUUGGCAGUAGCAGUGGCAGCGGUGCAGCAGCAGUAGCCAGCCCAAGUGCGGCCCCAACCUCGGCAAUCCCACAGCGCUCCAUCACUCUUGGUCUCUCCACCUCUCAACUCGUGUCCCGCAUCCGCAUCCUCGAGACCUCCCUCGCCGCUUCUCACUCCUCGGCCCUCUCAACUCCUCACUCGGCACAAUGGUCCAUGGAACAAGUGUCACGAUUGGAAAAGAGUCUAGAGGCGAAAGAGGAGGAAGUGAGGAACUUAAAGGAUGAAGUGGGAAGGGUGAGGGAGGAGGAAGGAGUGCAGAAGGCACGAUUGAUGGAGGAGCUCAACAAUCUUCAGGAGGAGAUGGCUAGGCAGAGCAAGAGCCAUAGUACUGCUGCUGCUGCUGCUGCUGUUUCGGCGCCGACUGCCAGUGCGAGUACGAAGGAGAGUGCAAUGCCGACGGCUGGCACUACGCUCCUCAAGGCUCCCUCGCCCCUGAUGCUCGCAUCGCAAUCUGUGCGUUCCACAAGUCCCUUUGCCGCCUGGAUUGGCGGCGGCAGCGGCAGCGGCGGCGGCGGUGGCAGCAGUGGAGGCGCAGGUGCUGGUGUGUAAAAGGAGAGCGAAGUGAAGGCUCGAUCACCCCCAAUUGGGAGACACAGCGUCUCUCGUCCCUCUCUAUGGCUCGCAAUCCUUCUCUUUGCUCCAGUCUUCC